AUGUGGGGAGCCUAUAGGAUGUCAGCGUUUGAAAGGGAUUGGACCUUUGUGUAUAUCAAAGGGAACUUCAGCAAGCAUGAGAAGCCCCUUACAAAGCAUUCCUCUACUUAUUUUCCCGAAUUCACUGAUAGUGGCAGCGGGUCGGGAAAGCCGUUCUUAGUUAGUCGAACCAUUGCUCGUCAAACAAUCCUUCUGGUAUGUAUCGGAAAGGGUCGAUUCGGCGAAGUAUGGCGAGCCGUCUGCAAUGGCGAAGUUGUUGCUGUGAAGAUCUUUUCCAGCCGUGAUGGCGCCAGUUGGACCCGUGAAACUCAGAUAUAUACCACUGCUCUCCUUUCUCACCGGAACAUUCUCGCCUAUUAUGCCAGCGAUAUGAUUUCACGCGGUGGAUGUACUCAACUCUGGCUUGUUACCGCCUACCACGCUGCCGGUUCCCUGCACGAUUUCCUUUCCACGGCAGAAGGUGUGACUCCGCAAUGUGGACUCAAACUAGCCCGAUCAAUUGCUGCGGGUCUAGCCUUUCUCCACAGCGAAGUAGUUGGAUUUCGUGGCAAACCGCCGAUUGCCCAUAGAGAUAUUAAAUCUAAGAAUAUUCUGGUUAUGGCUAACAAUGAGGCCUGUUUGGCAGAUUUUGGUCUCGCUCUGGUGAAAACUUCCAAAGGAAUGAAUGGUGAGGGGACCAGCGAUGAGGCAAGUGAGAGCGGUGACGCUCUACCUCCCGCUAGCCUCUUCGCAGGAACCAAACGGUACAUGGCUCCUGAGAUAUUGGCUCUUUAUCCCUUGGUGUGGGGUGGCUGGGUGCGUGCGCGCACGCAGGAGAGGCAGAUAGACGAGAAACAGUCUGGGGAGUGUGAUGAAGACAAUUUGUCCAUUCCAGGGGAAUUGUUAGAGUGCCGACAUCCGCUGCUUUCUUUCGACGUCUAUCUGUCCACAGAUGUCUACGCACUGGGACUCGUUCUGUGGGAGAUUUGGAGGCGUUGUACAGGCAAACAAUACGAGCUUCCUUAUUAUGACUCGGUGCCAUCGGAUCCAAACUUCUUACAGAUGUAUAGAGUGGUAGUAUUGGGAGAACCCUAUGAUUCUCCCUGUAACACCUUGGUAGACCUGCCCCUACCAAUGCAGGUGUGCCACCUAUGCAACCACAUUCUGGUGGGUCGAAUUGGCGCAACGCUGGAAGCUCACCGCCACCGCCGACACGGGGGCAGCGGGAGGCGGCCCUCCCUGACGAUGGAGCGGAGGGGGAGCAGUGAUGAAGAGUGGCUGGUGCGGUGGGCGGACGUCAUUGCGGAGUGCUGGCACCCUCGUUACACACACCGCCUCUCGGCCCUGCGCGUGCGCAAAACCCUCACAGUCAUCGAGGCGACUGUGAGCUGA